AUGGAUUCAAGUAAUUAUAUUGAUAUCCAUAUCGAUACCAAGCUUAACUGAAAACGUCACCAGCUAAUUCAUCAAUCCAGACUCGAAAAAAUCAAAAAUUCGCCACCAAUUGUUCCCAGCCCUAGUACAUCUCUUCUUGACUUACAAAAAACAAAGGACAGAACUAAGGCUCAUUAUCAAAAAGAAUACAUCGAAAAAAUCAAGCAACAAAAUAACGCUCUGCUUAAUAGGCUUGUUAAAAUUACAACAGCAAGCAAAAAUAAACGAUCAUUUACUCCAACGUUGAAAUCUUUAAACAUAAAUAAGAGAAUUAGAGAGUCUCAAAGGAUAACUGAAGAAAAUAUGAGACUUGCAGACAGAAUAAGCCAUCGAAAAAGCACUUUGUCGUUUGGGAGUUGGGAAGAUUCGUAUAGACAAGCGAAAAAAUACAAAAGAAGUAUAUCGAAAAUUCUUCUGCAAUAA